UUUAUUAAGAAAAAUAUAUAGAAUAUGGAGGAUAAAAGUAUGCAUCAAAUCAUGAAUUCUAAUGACAGCCCUGAGGAUCUUGAUCCUUUGUAUUUGCUACAACAAUUAGAGGUUGCAAAGCAGUACAUAAAGGAUCUGGAAACAAGACUGGAAAAACGAGAACAGGAACUACGGGUAUCUAAGCUUCAAACUGAAAGAAGUAUGCGUAGAAAAAAUAGAAGACAAGGUUUGGUUAGCCCGUUAAAUGUAUCACAAAAUAUUACGCAACAAAAAGCAGGACAACCCACAACAACAGAUGCUUCUUCUGAUUUUGGAGAUUAUAUACAAUUAACUAUAUGUGGUUUCAAUGACAGUGUGUCAGUGCCUUUUCGAAUCAGAUUUUUAAAUGGGAACACUUACGUCGUUGGACCAGAAGGUGUUACUAUAGGGUGUGGAUUAGGUUGUGGAAUAAGACUCCCAUCAGAUACCAAUCUCUCCGAUCAUCAUUCAGUCAUUACCUCAAAACUUAUGGAGAGUGGAAAGAGGCAGUUUUUCGUGAAAGAAUUGGCUAAAUUUAAACUAGAAAAUGAAAAUAAAGAUUGCUCACCAACAUGUUUAAACUCGCAAAGUAAUUUCAAUACUGGCAUUAUUCAAUGGUGUGUUUCUGCUGUUCCCCCAAAAAAGCUUAUUCAAAGUCAAUUGUUUCAAAGUAUUCGAAGUAUGGAUUUGAAACAAUAUGAAACUGCAUUUAGUAGUUACGAGGAAUGGAAUAAUUUACACAGAAAUACAUCCUUGAUUGAGGAAAACAUAGAUUCUGACACUAUUGAUUUAAACGACUUGGAAGAUAAAGAAUUUUGCAUUAUUACUGAUACUCAUGCCAGUUUGUCUCAUCCUGAUUUUAGCAGAUGUUAUAUUACUAACAAUGCUGAUCUAAAUGAAAAAUUUUCACUUCUGCAUGUUGCUGUUGAUUAUGGUUGUUCUAAUAUUGUAGAAUCAUUGUUAGCACAUGGUGUUAAGGUUGACAUGCAAUGCGGAAGCAAAUUAACAACAGCAUUACACAUUGCGACGAAACAGAAUUUUGAAGUCAUUGUUUCUCAAUUACUCAGCAAUGGUGUAGAUAUCGAUAAGACAGAUUCAAAUGGUUGUUCAGCAUUGUCCUUCGCAGAGUCUUUUUCUGUAAGGUCAAUGUUAUUAUCUGCGUCAAUGCUUUGUUCUUCAUGUUUUGGUGGUGAUAUUGAUGAAGUAAGAAGAUUGUUGACUGUCAAAAAUACCAGUAGUAAUGUUAAAGCUUACAAAGGCUAUGGACCUCUUCAUUUGGCAAGUAUGAAUGGACACGAAGAUAUAGUCAAUUUGUUAUUGCAAAACUUGGCUCCUGUUAAUGGCACUGGUGGAAAACACAAUCGAACACCAUUACAUUUGGCGAGCAUGGCGAAUCAGGUUGCGAUUGCGAAUUUGUUGAUACAAUAUGGAGCUUUAACAUCAGUGGUAGAUUCUUGCGGUUACACGCCAUUAGAUCUGUCCUCUAGUAAGGAAAUGUGUCAGCUCUUACAAAAGGAAAAUAAUAAUUCGCUCUGUGUAGCAGUUCAAAGUAACGAUGUUGCAGAAGUGAAGCGUUUGUUAGAUGAGAAUAUUUUAAAGAAGAAUGUUUUCGUAUCUCCAGACUUAAUGCAUAAAAAAUUAUCUACUGGAUCACAUGGUAGGAAAACAAGUCGCCAAAUGAUCCUGAAAAAUCUUGGUUUGUGCGCUUUGGUGGACCAAAAAAAUGACAAGAACCUCGCCCCAAUCCACUUAGCAGCUGCUGCGGGACACAAGGAAUUGGUCCAUCUUCUUCUUUCGUAUGGAGCAAAGUUGGAUUUGCAAGGUGGUUUGGAGAAGUGGACGGCAUUGUUUUUUUCUGCACUAGCUGGUCAUGCGAAUUGCACUCAAUUUCUGUUAAUGGUAGGAUCUGAUGACAAUUAUUGUGAUGCUCGGGGAUUGCUUUGUAUCGACCAGGUUGAAAAUCACAUCAAAUAUUUGAAGAGUAAAAUCGACGAUACAGAUAACUCGUCUAAUGGUGUACAAGCAGAUGACAUUGAAGUAUUGAUUCCUGGACAAUUCUUAAAUAAGUCAGAUAAAAGACAUUGUAUCCUUGAUACUACAGCUGAACUCCACCAUCGUGUUCAAUGUCUCCACCGUGUUGUUAAUGUGUUACGGUCAGGUCAGCAAAAGCUACUAAACGCUUUAAAAGACAACGAUAUAACUACUUUGAAAAUAUUACUACGUGAAGAAGAAGUAAACGUGAACAGUAUUCUCUGUGAAACUCUUCCAAUAACAGCGUUAAACUACGCAGCGUCAAUUGGUUUAGCAGAUGCUGCAGAGAUCUUAUUGCAUUACAAGGCAGACCUAUAUAGCGAAGAUAGUCAAUCAUAUACAUGUGUACAUACUGCAGCAGACUGUGGACACAUAGAUGUACUAGAGAUUUUUCUGAAUCAUGAAUUUGAUGUCAAUAGACGAACAAGGUUGCAAAAAUAUACACCGCUUCAUAUAGCUUCUCUGAAAGGACGUAAAAAAGUUGUUGAAUUGCUUCUUAAGCGCGGAGCCGACGUCACUAUAGAAGAUCGAGAUGGAAACAAAGCGUUUGACUUAGCAAAAGAAGCCACCAUAAAAUCUCUGUUAGCACGUGGUGCUGAAAAACUGUACGUAGCUAUUAUGGAGAAGAAUAUCGCACUUGUAAGCGAACUUCUUAAAACAAUUGACGUGAGCGUUCGCUUUAAAGAUGAGCUGACACCAUUACAUGUUGCAGCGGAGAAAGGAUUUUUAAACGUGUCAGAAUUACUGAUUCAGAAUGGAGGUGCUGUUAACCUGCAGGGCGGUAGAGACCUGUCAACGCCGUUACAUUGCGCUGCUCGUUCCACUUCACCCGCCCUUAUUCACCUACUUGUCAAGCAUGGCGGCGAUUUAACAUCAGUAGACAUUGAUGAGAAAACACCAUUUGAAGUUUCAACAAAUCAAGACGUUCGAAAAGCUCUUUUCAAAGCCAGAAAGUCGUCAAAUAUAACUACGAGUGGCAAUGCUGGGUUGGAUAAUAUGAAAUUUAACGUUGGCAAUUAUAUUACUGACAGGACGACAAAUGAAAAAUGUCGGAUAUGUUUGACGGAAUCCAUUGAUACCAUGGUAAUGCCGUGUGGACACAAAUCGUUUUGUUCCGACUGUGUGUUGAGACUGGAUGAGUGCGCGUUAGAUAGGCGGCCAAUUCUCAAUAUCAUUCCAUUAUCUUAAUUUUUGUUUUCUCAUUAAUUUUAGCACUGAUCGUGAUUUUUUGUAACCCGUUUAAACGAAUUUUUGUAUAUUUGUUUCAAGCAAAAUGAAAGUAAUUUAUUAAGUAUUUAUCGAAAAAAUGACUGAAACUUUGAUUGUCGCCCUAGUGAUGCUCAUACCUGUUUUCUGACGUGCUUAGUUUAAAUAAAGAUUUGUGAACACUUCAGUUUUCACGUACUUCAAAUAUUCAUAGUUGGAAUAGGUAGAUAGAUAGAUAGAUAAAUAAAUAGAUAAAUAAAUAAAUGAAUGAAUGAAUAAAUGUCUUUUUAAAUAAUGUCUCACUUAAAAUAUUUUUUACAUUCAUGGUUUUUCUCUAUUGAAAAUCUACAUAAUAAAACUCGAUAUGAACUUUUUGUUUUAUAAUUUUCAUCAUUGUUUUUUAAAUCUAUUAUGAUUACUAUUAUGAUUUUUGGUUAAGCAUUACUUUUAAGAUUUUCAUUUAAUUUCUCAUUUGCUUUAUAAAAUUUGCGCUGUUUAUUUAAAAUUGACCCCUCAAAUCUCCCCAAGACUCAUUAAUAUUUCCACCAAACGCAUAUAUUUGAACAACUUUCUUCUCAAAUCUCUCCAUUUUUAGCUUUACAA